AUGAGAUCCCAGUUUAAAGACGAACAUCCCUUUGGUACGUGUCACCAGCAACACUAGCAAGCAGUAAUAACGGUGGGUGCGUCGCAUCCAUACAAUAAUAGCUCCGAUUUUUUGCGUUUCUUCUUGUGUUUUCGUGUUGUUCUUGUUAUUUACUAACCAAGCGGUAUUACAGAGAAAAGACAGGCCGAGGCAGCCAGAAUUGCCCAAAGGUUCAAGGACAGAGUGCCAGUCAUUUGCGAAAAAGUUGAAAAUUCAGAUAUACCGGAAAUCGACAAGCGCAAAUACUUGGUGCCAGUUGACUUGACCGUUGGCCAGUUUGUCUACGUUAUAAGAAAAAGAAUCAAGUUACCAAGUGAAAAGGCAAUCUUCAUCUUUGUCAAUGACAUUUUGCCACCAACCGCCGCUUUGAUAAGUACAAUCUACGAGGAGCAUAAGGACGAUGACGGGUUUCUUUAUGUUUUAUACUCGGGCGAAAACACGUUUGGUGACAAGGUUGCAGUUGAUUUGAGAGAAUUGGAUUUCACUGACAUUAUUGAUGACGAUAACAACAACAGCACCGGUGCUUGA